AUGGGAACAAAGCUCAAUAAUACCGAUCGCAUUGGACUGCUUGAGUCCGAUGUAACCAAGAUGAGAGAGGAAGCAGAAAGCCAUCAGGGGAUCAACAAGAAGGAUCAAUUGAGGGCAGCAGGUUUAUGCAUGGAAUGGGCUGCACUCGCAUGGUAUCGAUGGGUGGAGGCACAAUCAUCAUGCCAUACAUGGGAAAAGCUCAAGAAGAAGCUACUGGUUCGCUUUCAACCAUCAUACGAAGGUAAUGUUUAUCAACAAUUCUUGUCGGUUCAACAAGUAGGAACGGCUCGUGACUAUGUGUGCGAGUUUGAGAAAUUAGCCGGAUAA